AUGUCGAUACCAAUCGACAGCCUCCCCGCAGAAAACCGCCAACGACUCAGAGAGAAGUUCGAGACCCUGCCCACGAACCAACACACCGGCGGCUGGGACGACCUUUGGCAGCAAGAGUUUACGCCAUGGGAUCGAAAGGGACCAAGCCUCGCGUUGAAAGAUGCCAUCACAGGGCAUCCAGAGGUGUUCGGCGGGCCGGUGAAGUCGGAAGGUGGCGAGAGGAAGAGGGCUUUUGUACCAGGUUGCGGUCGAGGCUACGAUGUCCUCCUCCUGUCCUCUCUCGGCUAUAACACGUACGGUCUCGACGCCUCACAGACCGCCGUCGAGACCGCGAGGAAGUACAAAACUGCCCACGAAGACGACGAGGUCUACGCCCCUCAUGAUGCAACGAUCGGUCGUGGCGAGGCCAAGUUUAUCUUCUCCGAUUUUUUCAAAGACGACUUCUUCUCAGAAACGAAUGGUGGCAAGUUUGAUGUAAUCUUCGACUAUACCUUCCUCUGUGCCUUGCCACCAGAGCUUCGACAAGACUGGACGAAGCGGAUGAGUGAAUUGCUCGCACCGGAUGGGAAAUUGGUGUGUUUGGAGUGGCCGUUGGGGAAAGAUCCGAAGGAAGGUGGACCGCCUCAUGGAUUGACUUCGAGUCUUUACGAAGCUCUAUUCUCAAGGCCUGGUGAGAAAGUUAGGUAUAACGAGUCGGGUGUCGUUGAGCCAGAUCAAGGUAUCGAGAAGAACGAUGAUUCCCUCGUGAGGGUCGCCCAUUACAGACCAGAGAGGACGCACGAAGCCGGGAAGACAUCGGAUUACAUUUCCAUCUGGAAGCACUGGAAAUCUUAG